GAGAAUUAUAAAACCUUUCAUGGCAUUUGCGCACUUCUGCAGCAUCGAAUGUUUCCUUAACACCGGGAAACAACUAGAGCUUCUUCAACUUGUUAUUGGAUUGCCUAUUGCCACUAUUCUCCAAAUCCGCUGUCGUUUUAGUCAGUUUUCUCCGCAUUAACCCCCCCCCCCGCCCCUUCGGUACUUAUCUCUCUCACUAGUGGACUGGUGAAUAGUGAUUCUGUUCAGUUGUAAACUAUGGUCUCCUCUAACCUUCCUGUCCCAAACAAAACCCACAAGCAACAAUAUUUUCCCCUCAGCCCUACAGUUUCUUUAUUGAAUGAUGAUGUUGAGCUUGAUUUCUCUGAUGUCUUUGGCCCUCUCCCUGAGGAGGCUGGAGAUGUUGCCUUCGACGAGCCUGCUGUUAUCCACACUCGUUCUCACUCUUUGGUUGGCCCGUCUUCCAUCGGCAACCAUUCUUUCAGGCUCAGCAAGCUCACCUUACGAGAGACUGAUGACUCUGUUGACCUGGUGGAGUGUCUUGAAGGUGAAUUGUUAAAAGAUGAAUUCUCUGGUGCUGAUGACACUGACAGUGAUGGAUCUACAGAUGUGGUUAAGGUCUCUGGCGUCGUUGGGCUUGAUGAUUUCGAGGUUAUGAAGGUUGUAGGGAAAGGUGCGUUUGGGAAAGUGUAUCAGGUGAGGAAGAAGGAGACAUCUGAGAUAUUUGCAAUGAAGGUCAUGAGGAAAGAUAAGAUUAUGGAGAAGAACCAUGCUGAGUACAUGAAAGCUGAGCGUGAUAUUCUUACCAAGAUUGAUCAUCCCUUUAUUGUUCAACUUAAAUAUUCUUUCCAGACCAAGUACAGGCUGUACCUUGUGCUAGACUUUAUAAAUGGAGGUCAUCUUUUCUUCCAGCUCUAUCAUCAAGGACUUUUCAGAGAGGAAUUGGCUCGUGUCUACACUGCAGAGAUUAUCUCAGCAGUUUCUCAUCUACACGAGAAAGGCAUAAUGCAUAGGGAUCUCAAACCUGAAAACAUUCUAAUGGACGUAGAUGGCCAUGUGAUGCUAACUGAUUUUGGUUUGGCAAAGGAGUUUGAAGAGAACACAAGAUCAAACUCCAUGUGCGGGACUACUGAGUAUAUGGCACCUGAAAUCGUUAGAGGCAAAGGACAUGAUAAAGCUGCUGAUUGGUGGAGCGUUGGGAUUCUUCUCUAUGAGAUGCUCACUGGAAAAGUAAAAAACUCAUGCCUGGUUUUUGCUUACAUGAUAUCAAUGUGUUGUGUGAUGCCAUUUUUAUUGUUCUUUUUGCAGCCACCGUUUAUGGGGAGCCGAGGAAAGAUAGAGCAGAAAAUUGUAAAGGACAAGAUCAAGCUUCCGCAGUUUCUGUCAAGUGAAGCUCAUUCCUUGCUGAAAGGGCUGCUGCAAAAAGAGCCAGAGAGGAGACUUGGAAGUGGACCGAGCGGAGCAGGGGAGAUAAAAGAGCACAAAUGGUUCAAGGGAAUGAACUGGAAGAAGCUGGAGGCAAGAGAGGUGAAGCCAAGUUUCAAGCCGGAGAUAUCUGGAAGACAAUGCAUAGCGAAUUUUGACAAGUGUUGGACUGAGAUGUCAGUGUUGGAUUCUCCAGCAAGCAGUCCAAGCUCGGAUCCUAAGGUCAAUCCUUUUACCAACUUCACAUAUGUGAGACCUCCUCCAUCAUUCCUUCAGCAAUCCACUUCAAAUCUGCUGAAAUGAGCUGCUUGAUCCAUAUUUAAGUGAAGUGUACCUUUCUAGAAAUACUUUUUUCUAAACAAAAUUGUUAAACUUUCUAGUCUUAUGUUUGCUAUGUGGCUUUCAUAAAUCAUUGAAUAAUUGUUAAAUAACGACUUAAUCAGGUGGUUUAGUGUUUUAUGCUUAUUGUACACAACUAGGUGUGUUGCCCGCACAUGCGGGCAUAAUUAUCUUACAAAAUUUAGAC